AUGUCAUUCCUCUCCCCUCGACGAAAUUUUCAUCUCUCCACAAGGAUCAGGUUGAAGCGCCUCUCCACCGCUGCGGACGACGGAGCUGUCGUUGGUCUUCACAAACUUGGCCUGAAAUGGCCGCUGCGCGGUGGUCAGAAUCUUUCCCUACGUUAUCGUAGGUUGGAACAAUCUUUGCGGGGCAAGGCGGCCCUAAAGGGAGGCGCAGUUCUUCCAUCCUCUUCAAGCCCUGCAUCUAUACCAUCAAAAUUACCGCCGCAAUAUUUCUAUGGGUUAAAGAUUCCACAAAAACCCCAAACACCAGCUUCAGAUGAGUGCUGUAUGUCUGGAUGUGCCGUUUGCGUGUACGAUCUUUACGACGAGUCUCUCGCAAACUACCAAGAAGCUGUUGCAUCUUUUCGUGACUCCCUUCGCGCCACCGCUGUACCUGAAUCGGAGUGGCCAAUUGAGACGAGGGGGUCUCCAAAGCUAGUGGAUAACGGAAGAACUGUGGUUCAAGAUGCGUUUGACGUAUUGGAACGGACAUUGGCAGCUAAGAGGCAGGGCACGUCUGCAGCAGUGAUACAGCACCAAACUAAAUGUUGGACAUUCGCUGAGAUGUACGAAGGAGUGCGUUGGGUGUUGUUUGCUCGCCGAUGA